AUGUCAAACUCUACAAAUGGAUCACGACGAAGUGACCUUGGAUUUAUUGCUGACCAGCUUGACCUUUAUGCACCGCCAAUUUUAAUUUUGAUUGGAGUAACAUGUAACAGUCUGGUUAUAGUAAUCAUGAGAACCCGUUAUUUUAGUAAUGUGUCAACAUCACUUUACAUGUGUUUUAAUGCAAUCGUUGAUAAUAUUACACUUCUCGUAGCAUUCCCCUUGCACUGGCUUCACGUGAGUUUUCCUGAGCUGAUUUAUAGAGGAGAUUAUGAAGAUUACAUAUGCAAAGUAACAUAUUUCAUAGGAGUGAGUACGAGUAAUAUGGGUAUUGUUCUCACAGCGGCAAUGACAUUGGAGCGAGCUGUAGCUAUAAAGUUUCCUCUUAAAGCUCCAAGUCUCUGUACGAAACGGAAGGCUAAAUACGUCAUGCUGGGACUUGUGAUGUUUGUAGCAUUAAAGGAUAUUCAUUACCUUCUAAAGUCAAAAAUGGUUCCUAAAGAUUUUUUAGCAUAUCUUUGUGAAAUUGACAUAACUAAUAACAUACUGCGGGUGUAUGUGAACAGAGUUUGGCCCAUUUCUCAGAACAUAUUUUUAUUUCUAUCCUUCUUCGUAAUAAUCUUUAGUAAUUUGAUAAUAACGAAAAGUGUUCGCGAUGCUGACAAGGCCGCUUUCACUCUUCAAUCUGAAGAUAUGAACGGCAGAAAUAUCAGAGCAACAAGUAAUGGUCUUCAUAGAAAGUCGUCCAAGUCACGACAGCUUACUGUAAUGUUGAUACUGGACUCUGUCACGAUCAUGGUAUGUACGCUACCGCUUGCAUUAUACGACAUUAUUCGGCCAGAUUUCGUCGAUGCUGAUGUCGGACAUAUUGUAUUUUGUGUGAUAUUCUACCUUGUGUAUGUAAACAGAUGCGCUAACUUUUUCCUGUAUUGCAUUACGGGAUCAAGGUUUCGUCAAGCGCUAAGGAGCAUUUGCUGCGGUCGCCGUUUUGGAAGAAAAGACUCGAUUUAUUACAUUCACCAGACAAGGGAGUCAAUGUAUCAUUGA